GCUCUCUCUAUUUGAUCGCUUUUGAUGUUUUGGGUUAUCGGCAUUUGACGUUGACGGGAAGAAUCGAAUGCUGAUGAGUUGUUUGUUGUUGGUUUUCUCUUUUGGGUUUCCGAGUUGGCGUUGUUUUAGUAUUGGGUUUGUUUUGAUUAGCCAUUUCAUGAAUUGGGUCUGUGGAUUUUUGGUUGACUUGUAUUGAGAAGAAUGAGUUUGAUAGUUUUUUCUUGCGUUUACAUUGAAUUUGAGUUCAACGUUUGGGAUUGGAGUUUUAGAUAUGAAUAGAAGAUCAAGAAGGAGAAGGUUUGAACAUUCAAAUUGACUUGGAAGUUGGGAGAUUUCGAUUUGUUUUGAGUUUGUUCAUACUUUUAACUAGUUGAGUAGUAUUCAGCUCGGUUGAACGAUCUAGGUUUGUUGAUGGAGCCAGCAAAAUUGGUGUAGGUGUUCGGUGUUCUGUGUUUUUUUUUUUUUUUUUUUUUUUGGCUCAAUUCAAGUUGCUAUUAACCGCUAACUGUUAGCUUCUGUACUGCUCUUUAUUGCUUCUCGGGUGGUGAUAGUUUAAACUGGCUUGGCGCAACUUUUUGAUUAGUGAUUCAUGAUGUGAGGUGAUCCUGGAAAAAAGGCAAACAAUACCACUGAUAACAGGAUCAAAGCUAAUUAUGGUGAGCUUAAGAAGACGAAAACUCCUGGGACUUUACUCUGGCAAAGCGUCAUUUGUUGCUCCAGUUUUGAAGUUUUCUGAAAAUUUGACUGCUGAAGUUCAUGUGCACUGUACGAGCUCCGUUAGGGUUUAUCCAAUCUGUUCAGAUGAAGUUAACAAGAUAGAGGAGAAUCCAAUUGCAAAUAUAGAGCCUGAAUCAUCAGGGGUAUCUGUUUUGGAUACAUCAAAAGAGCAAAUUGACACGACAAACGGUGAGCCAAUUGCAGACCCUCCUGUAAAGCGCAGAAAGAGACACCGGAGAAAGCAUUUUCCCGAUGAAUCUUUCUUAAUGAGAGGUGUUUAUUUCAAGAACAUGAAAUGGCAGGCUGCUAUAAAGGUUGACAAAAAACAAAUACACUUGGGAACUGUAGCAUCACAAGAAGAGGCUGCUCAUUUGUAUGACAGAGCUGCUUUCAUGUGUGGAAGGGAACCCAACUUUGAGCUCCCAGAAGAGGAGAAGCAAGAACUGAGAAAGUUUAAUUGGGACGAGUUUCUAGCAAUGACUCGCAACACGAUUACUAAUAGAAAACAGAAGAGGCUCAACCCAGAAUCAAAGAAGUCUGAACUUUCUUCGCCUGGGAAUGACGACUCUAACAAAAGACGAGACAAGUUCAUUGACCUCUCAUCUCUAGAAGAUGUGGAACUAGUUGCCUCUACAUCCUGAGAUUCAAGAGAAAAAAAAAAUAGUUCUCCCAUCUCUAACAUCUCAGUACAAGUAUGGAGACCUGCAAAUUUGUUUUUCUUUUCUUUUUCCUUUUCCUUUUUGGGCUGGGCAAAUCAACCUCAAUUUUGGAUGUACAUCAUUUUAGUAGUUUAGGCAAAUCCUUAAGGCUUUGAGCCGAUUGACGGAGUGAUUUACGGUGAUAUGUGUUGUACAAGACAUACUUCAAGUCGCAAGAAGGCUCUUUGUCAUGAUUUACGGUGAUAGGUGAGGAAGAAGAUUAGCCAUCUUACGUCCAUAUUUAAAUGUCUAUAGGUCUCCACUUCUAUUA